AUGGACCGGGAAAAUAAAAAACGAAAGGAGAUUGAAAGUGUAUUGGUUGUAGUUGAAGAUUUGGUUCGUCAGCAGCGCCAACAAUCUUUUCUUCUGCUCAGUUUGGCUGAGUAUUUUAGUCGGCGGAGGAGUAGUGAUGAUGAAGACGAUACAACCAUGGUUACUGACUUGUUAUGGAAGAUACCGGAGCAAAUUCGACGUAUGGAUAGGAUGGUUGAGGAGCAAGUGUCUAUGCUCUUAAGCAUCCUCGCUCAUCACAAAAAGAAUCGGAUAAUAGGGUUUGAGUAUUUGCGAUCCGGACAGACUGUUUCUCGAUAUAUUCAUGAGGUGUUGAGAGGAGUGAUUGGUCUUCAUGAGGUAUUCAUGGCUAAACCCACGCUUGUGGACGACGAUUGCGACAACCCCCGGUGGAAAUGGUUCAUGGGCUGUCUAGGGGCAUUGGAUGGAACAUAUAUCGAUGUCCGUGUUAGUGUUGGUGAUGCACCACGGUAUAGAACACGAAAGGGCCACAUCGCUACUAAUACUUUGGCCGUCUGUGAUCGUUUUAUGCGAAUUAUCUACGUCCUAAUUGGUUGGGAGGGAUCAGCCGGUGACUCUCGUGUUCUAUGCGAUGUUGUCACAACGGAAGUUGACAAACUACGCGUCCCUAAAGGAUUCCUCACACCAUUCAAAGGGGUGCGGUAUCACUUGAAGGAGUGGGGACCUUCUGCGCAUAAGCAUCAAAACCCUACAGAAAUGUUUAACAUGAGGCACACUAUGGCACAGAAUAUCAUCAAACGUGCUUUUGCGGUAUUGAAGAUGAGGUGGGGGAUAUUACACAGUGCCAGCUUCUACCCAAUCACAACACAAACGCGUCUCAUAAUGGCAUGCUUCAUUCUGCACAAUUUCAUUCGGAGCCAAAUGCAAGUUGAUCCAGUGGAGUUGGAACUUAGUGAUGCAAAUGUGAACCUUGAAGACCUUGAAGAUACAAAUGGGGACAUUUCAACAGGGACGGAAGGAGAUGACGUGGAGUAUGUAGAUGCAGUUGAAUCUACUCCAGCGUGGAACCAGACCAGGACAGAGAUGGCCGAGUUUAUGUGGAAUAAUGCGUAG